AUGUCACAAUCUAUAAUAGAUCAAGCUCAAUCAAUUGGGUUACAAAUUUUACCAUAUUUAACAAAAUGGUAUAGUGUAAUAAUAUUAACAGGUUUAAUAUAUUUAAUAUCAAUAAAUUUAAAAAAUUAUAUAAAUGCAAAAAGAUUAGGUUGUCAAAAUCCUCCAUUUUUCAAAUUAGCUGGAUUUACUGGUGUUCCAGCAUUAUUAGAAGUUGUUAAAAGAAAAAAUGAUGGUAGAUUAGCUGAUUAUGCAGAUGAAGUAUUUGAAGUUUAUAAUUCAAAUGCUAUAUAUUUAAAUGUUUGUGGUGUAUUAAAAAUUAUUUUUACAAUUGAUCCAGAAAAUAUAAAAGCUGUUUUAGCAACUCAAUUCAAUGAUUUUAGUUUAGGUACAAGACAUGCUCAUUUUGCUCCUUUAUUAGGUGAUGGAAUUUUUACAUUAGAUGGUAAUGGAUGGAAAGAUUCAAGAGCUAUGUUAAGACCUCAAUUUGCAAGAGAACAAAUUGCUCAUGUUAAAUCUUUAGAACCUCAUGUUCAAAUUUUAGCAAAACAUAUUAAAAGUAAUGGAUUUAAUACAUUUGAUAUUCAAGAAUUAUUUUUUAGAUUUACUGUUGAUACUGCUACUGAAUUUUUAUUUGGUGAAAGUGUUCAUUCAUUAUAUGAUCAAAAAUUAGGUUUAGAAUUUCCAAAUGAUAUUCCAGGUAGAGAAAAUUUUGCUACUGCUUUUAAUGUUUCUCAAAAAUAUUUAGCAACAAGAACUUAUAUGCAAAGUUUUUAUUUUUUAACAAAUCCAAAAGAAUUUAAAGAAUGUAAUAAAAAAGUUCAUCAUUUAGCUCAAUAUUUUGUUAAUAAAGCUUUAGCUAUGACUCCUGAACAAUUAGAUGAAGCAUCAAAAGAUGGUUAUACAUUUUUAUAUGAAUUAGUUAAACAAACAAGAGAUCCAAAAGUUUUACAAGAUCAAUUAUUAAAUAUUAUGGUUGCUGGUAGAGAUACUACAGCUGGAUUAUUAUCAUUUUGUGUAUUUGAAUUAGCAAGAAAUCCAGAAGUUUGGGCAAAAUUAAGAAAAGAAAUUAUUGAUAAUUUUGGAGAAGGUGAAGAUUCAAAUGUAGAUGCUAUUACUUUUGAAAAUUUGAAAAAAUGUAAAUAUUUGAAAGCUGUUUUAGAUGAAACUUUAAGAUUAUAUCCUUCUGUUCCAGUUAAUUUUAGAACUGCUACAAGAGAUACUACUUUACCAAGAGGUGGUGGAAAAGAUGGAACUAAACCAAUUUAUAUUCCAAAAGGUUCAACUGUUGCUUAUACUGUUUAUAAAACUCAUAGAAUGGAAGAAUAUUAUGGUAAAGAUUCAAGAGUUUUUAGACCUGAAAGAUGGGAAAAUAUGCCAAGAUUAGGUUGGGCUUAUGUUCCUUUUAAUGGUGGACCAAGAAUUUGUUUAGGUCAACAAUUUGCUUUAACUGAAGCAAGUUAUGUUAUUGCAAGAUUAGCUCAAAUGUUUACAACUAUUGAAUCAAGAGAUGAUACUUAUCCACCUAAAAAAUGUAUUCAUUUAACUAUGAAUUUAGAAGAUGGUGCUUUUGUUGGAAUGAAAUAG